UUGCUCUAACGGGGUGUUUGACCUUCUAGUCGACUGCGUCCCCUGUACCCGGCGCCAGCUGUGUUCCUGACCCCAGAAUAAAUCAGGGCUGCACGGGGCCUGGCAGCGCUCCGCACACAUUUCCUGUGGCGGCCUAAGGGAAACUGUUGGCCGCUGGGCCCGCGGGGGGAUUCUUGGCAGUUGGGGGGUCAGUCGGGAGCGAGGGCGGACGGAAGGGAGGGGGAAUCGGGUUGGGGAAGCCAGCUGUAGAGGGCGGUGACCGCGCUCCAGAGACAGCUCCGCGUCCUCGAGCGGGACAGAUCCAAGUUGGUAGCAGCUCUGCGUGCGGGGCCUCAGAGGAUGAGGCCGGCGUUCGCCCUGUGCCUCCUCUGGCAGGCGCUCUGGCCUGGGCCGGGCGGCGGCGAACACCCCACUGCCGACCGUGCUGGUUGCUCGCCCUCAGGGGCCUGCUACAGCCUGCACCACGCUACCAUGAAGCGGCAGGCGGCCGAGGAGGCCUGCAUCCUGCGAGGUGGGGCGCUCAGCACCGUGCGUGCGGGCGCCGAGCUGCGCGCUGUGCUCGCGCUCCUGCGGGCAGGCUCAGGGCCCGGAGGGGGCUCCAAAGACCUACUGUUCUGGGUCGCACUGGAGCGCGGGCGUUCCCACUGCACCCUGGAGAACGAGCCUUUGCGGGGUUUCUCCUGGCUGUCCUCCGACGCCGGCGGGCUCGAAAGCGACACGCUGCAGUGGGUGGAGGAGCCCCAACGCUCCUGCACCGCGCGCAGAUGCGCGGUACUCCAGGCCACCGGUGGGGUCGAGCCCGCAGGCUGGAAGGAGAUGCGAUGCCACCUGCGCGCCAACGGCUACCUGUGCAAGUACCAGUUUGAGGUCUUGUGUCCUGCGCCGCGCCCCGGGGCCGCCUCUAACUUGAGCUAUCGCGCGCCCUUCCAGCUGCACAGCGCCGCUCUGGACUUCAGUCCACCUGGGACCAAGGUGAGUGCGUUCUGCCGGGGACAGGUCCCGAUCUCAAUUACUUGCAUCGCGGACGAAACCGGCGCUCGCUGGGACAAACUCUCGGGCGAAGUGUUGUGUCCCUGCCCCGGGAGGUACCUCCGUGCUGGCAAAUGCACAGAGCUCCCUAACUGCCUAGACGGCUUGGGAGGCUUUGCCUGCGAAUGUGCUACGGGCUUCGAGCUGGGGAAGGACGGCCGCUCUUGUGUGACCAGUGGGGAAGGACAGCCGACGCUUGGGGGGACCCGGGUGCCCACCAGGCGCCCGCCGGCCACUGCAACCAGCCCCGUGCCGCAGAGAACAUGGUCAAUCAGGGUCGACGAGAAGCUGGGAGGGAUACCACUUGUCCCUGAACAAGACAAUUCAGUAACAUCUAUUCCUGAGAUUCCUGGGUGGGGAUCACAGAGCACGAUGUCUACCCUUCAAAUGUCCCUUCAAGCCGAGUCAAAGGCCACCAUCACCCCAUCAGGGAGCGUGAUUUCCAAGUUUAAUUCUACGACUUCCUCUGCCACUCCUCCGGCUUUCGACUCCUCCUCUGCCGUGGUCUUCAUAUUUGUAAGCACAGCAGUAGUAGUGUUGGUGAUCUUGACCAUGACAGUACUGGGGCUUGUCAAGCUUUGCUGUCACGAGAGCCCCUCUUCCCAGCCAAGGAAGGAGUCUGUGGGCCCGCCGGGCCUGGAGAGUGAUCCUGAGCCCACUGCUUUGGGCUCCAGUUCUGCACAUUGCACAAACAAUGGGGUGAAAGUCGGGGACUGUGAUCUGCGGGACAGAGCAGAGGGUGCCUUGCUGGCGGAGUCCUCCCUUCGCUCUGGUGAUGCAUAGGGAAACAGGGGACAUGGGCACUCCUGUGAACAGUUUUUCACUUUUGAUGAAACAGGGAACCAAGAGGAACUACUUGUGUAACUGGCAAUUUCUGCAGAAAUCCCCCUUCCUCUAAAUUCCCUCUACUCCACUGAGGAGCUAAAUCAGAACUGCACACUCCUUCCCUGAAGAUAGAGGAAGUGGAAGUGCCUUUAGGAUGGUGAUAUUGGCGGACCGGGUAGUGCUGGGGAGAGAUAUUUUCUUAUGUUUAUUCUGGAGAAUCUGGAGAAGUGAUUGAACUUUUCAAGACAUUGGAAACAAAUAGAACACAAUAUAAUUUACAUUAAAAAAUAAUUUCUACCAAAAUGGAAAAGAAAUCUUCUAUGUUGUUUAGGCUAGGGGUAUAUUGGUUCGAAAUCCCAGGCAAAAAAAUAAAAAUAAAAAUUAAAGAAUUGUUGAUAA